AAGCCCCAUAAAGCCAAGACCACACCAAUUACUCUAAACUCAACCACAGAAGAUAAUAACAUUUUCAAUCAUAAAUAGCAAACCCAAACCCAAUCUUCAUCUUCCUUCUUUCAUUUCAUUUCUCUUCUCUCUCUUUUUCACAAAUCUCAGCUAUUUUUUUUUAAUUUAAUUUAAUUAAAUUAAAUUUAUUAUUAACCCUCCUCUCUCAAGAGGAGCCUCAUCUGGUGUCACAGAAAUUUGUUGAGAUCUUGGGAUUUUUGUCUUUUGAAGAGAAAAGAUGAAGAGGUGUGGUUAUGAGCAAAACGUCAUGACAGGUUCUGUCGUUUGCCCAAAACCACGUCGUUUGGGCCAUUCAUUUCAUUCCAUAAACGACAACAUCAGACCCCUUAGGUGCCCUACUAACAAUCCUUUUCAAUCAGAAGGUAGAGAUUCUCAAGCAGGAACAGAACUCCUUGAUAUCAUUUUAACCAAGGGAAAUAAUAGUGUAGAAAUGAUAGCCUCAUCACCACCAUACUUUUGUGGUUCACCACCAAGUAGAGCCUCAAACCCCUUAAUCCAAGACGAACAAUUUGGGAACGACGGCUAUGGUGUUACUAAGUCCAUCUUAGUAACACCAACGCCACCGUCUCCCUCUGCCCGAACAGCUGGGGGCUGUGCCCGAAUGAAAUUCGGGCAGAAGCCCGCAGCUGUUCGAAUUGAAGGGUUCGAUUGUUUGAGCAGAGACAGAAGAAAUUGUAGCAUCUCAGCUGUGGCUUAAUUAAAAAAAGGGGUUUUUUAUUUUUAAUUUUUUUGACCAAAACUAUAAACAAAAUCAAGUUUUGUGAUUUAGAGAAGUUAAAAAGGGCAAGUCUUUUGUAAUAUUUGUGUAUAUAAAGAAUGAGUCUUUUUUCUUUGUUUUGGUUUAAAGUUUUAAUCUUUGAAAGAUUGUAAUCAUUUGUAUAUGUAAUUAUAUGGUUAUGUAAUUUGAUGAGGGAAAGUUUUAUUUUGAGGAAUAAAAUUAAAGCUAGAAAAGGAAGAAGAAGAAGAUGAUGAUGAAGAAGGUAUUUUUUUUGAGUUUAAAAACUCUUUUUUUUUUUUUUUGACUUUUUUCUUUAAUAGGAAGAAAGUCUUUGUAAUCUAAUUAAGUAAAAAUUGAGUCUUUGUUUGUGUUCUUAUGAAUCUCUCCAUUUUGUAAUUUGUGAAGAAAUAUGGAGAUUAAUGAGGACUUUUUUUUAAUGAAAAAUGUAUAUUUUUAUAUGGAUUUGGAAUUAUUUAUAGGAAUUGUGUUUUUUUAUAAAAA